AUGGAGCUUGCUCAGAUGUUGAUCCAAGCCAUGUGGGGUAAGGACUUGUAUCUCAAACAGAUCCCCCACUUCUCACAAGACAUCAUCAAAUGCUGCCAGGAAAAGAUAAACAUGCUUCUAUUUGCUGGUGUCCUCGUACUUCUGUAUGUAAGUGUUACCCCAGUGGAAGCACACCAGUGUGGUUACCACUACCACACUAAUGACAACUACACGAUGUAUAACUCGACCUACUACAAACGAUACUACGCUAUCUAUUAUGGAUACUGCUAUAAUAGGAUUUGGACUUACGAUGGACCUGUGCACAAUUACAGUGGAGAGCGUUUGUAUGAUAUAAUAACGUACUAUAAUGGCAAUGAAAUUUAUUUUUUUCCAAGGAGAUCUUCAACUACAGAAGAAGUGGACACCUUCAGUGGAACAACAAACAGAGACACAGGGUUAUCUGAAAAUGACCAUACAAAAAGAGAUGUACAAGCAAGUGACAAAAUCAAAAAUAAGAAUUCAGGCGAUACCGCUAAUCCAGGUCUGUCUAGAUUUUCUGAGCAGUAA